AUGGACGGUGACCUGCGCGGCGUCCCCUACCCCGCCGCUGGCAGCCAUCGCCUGGACGUGCUGCUGGGACGCAUCCGCACCCUGCAGCGAGCGCGUCAGGCCGCCGCGCGGGAGCUGGCGGAGGCGCAGGGACGCAGCGAGGGGCUGCGGCGGCACCUGGAGCAGCUGGAGGAGCAUCAGUCGGCACUGGAGGGGCUCUGGCAGCAGAAGCAGGAGGCGCUGCGGGUGGCGCGGCUGCACAGGGAGGAGGUGGAGGCCGAAGGUCAAAGGCACCGGGGCCUGUGCCUGGGCCGCCAGCAGGACCUGGAGGGGGCGGGGCAGCAGCGGGGACACCUGCGUCACCUGCGUCGGGCUCACAGGCAGGAGUUCUGGCGUCAGCUCGAUGACAUCAUGGAGGAGCACAAACACCUACGGGAAGCGCACGCCCCGGCCCAGUUGGCGGCUGAACUGGUGCGACUGGAGGAAGCGCAGGAGCAGCUGCUCAGCCAGGAGCGCCACCUGCUGGAGGCGGAGGAGCAGCUGGGGCCUGAAGCCCACGUGGCCGCGCGAUUGGUGGAGGAAGAGGAGGAAGGGGUGAAGCGGAGGCUGGAGGCGGAGCUUGGGAGACGACAGGCCUGCCAGAACCGCAGGGAUAGGCUGGAGGAGGAGCUGGAGCGGCUGCAGCGCCCCCUGGAGGCCCCGCCAGAGUGA